GAUUUGUGGGACCACUGGGUACCAUCAUCAUAAAAUGUAAGGAUUUUCGAAUUAUUCAGUUGGAUAUUCCUGGAAUGGAAGAAUGUUUGAAUAUAGCCAGUUCCAUUGAGGCGUUAUCUACCCUGGACUCCAUCACUCUGAUGUACCCUUUCUUUUACCGGCCCAUGUUUGAAGUGGUAGAAGAUGGCUGGCAUUCUUUCCUCCCUGAGCAAGAGUUUGAACUCUACUCUUCAGCAAUCAGUGAAUGGAGGCUAAGCUAUGUCAAUCAGGAAUUUGCUGUGUGCCCCUCUUAUCCACCAGCUGUCACAGUGCCCAAAGCCAUCGACGAUGAUGCACUUCGGAAGGUAGCCGCAUUUCGCCAUGGAGGCCGCUUCCCAGUUCUCAGUUACUAUCAUAAAAAGAAUGGAAUGGUUAUUAUGCGAAGUGGUCAGCCACUCACUGGCACAAAUGGGAGGCGGUGCAAAGAAGAUGAGAAACUGAUAAAUGCUACCCUCAGGGCAGGAAAGCGUGGCUACAUCAUUGAUACUCGACCUCUAAAUGUAGCUCAGCAGGCUAGAGCCAAAGGAGGCGGCUUUGAGCAAGAAGCUCAUUAUCCCCAGUGGAGGCGGAUUCACAAGUCCAUUGAGAGGUAUCACAUUCUUCAGGAGAGCUUAAUCAAACUCGUGGAAUCUUGUAAUGACCAAACACAAAACAUGGACCGAUGGCUCAGUAAACUGGAGGCCUCCAACUGGCUGACUCACAUCAAAGAGAUUCUGACAACUGCCUGUCUGGCUGCGCAGUGUCUUGACAGGGAAGGAGCAUCCAUACUGAUCCAUGGAACAGAAGGAACUGAUUCCACACUCCAGGUUACCUCCCUGGCCCAGAUUAUCUUGGAACCAAGAAGCAGGACCAUCCGUGGCUUUGAGGCCUUAAUAGAAAGAGAGUGGCUGCAGGCUGGUCACCCGUUCCAGCAGCGCUGCGCGCAGUCAGCCUACUGCAAUAGCAAGCAGAAGUGGGAGUCACCCGUGUUUCUUCUCUUCUUGGACUGUGUGUGGCAGAUACUUCGUCAGUUCCCUUGUUCUUUUGAAUUUAAUGAGAAUUUCCUCAUCAUGCUCUUUGAGCAUGCUUACGCCUCACAGUUUGGAACAUUUCUGGGCAACAAUGAAAGUGAAAGAUGUAAGUUGAAGCUGCAGCAGAAAACGAUGUCUCUGUGGUCCUGGGUCAACCGGCCCAGUGAACUGAGUAAGCUCACCAACCCUCUCUUUGAAGCCAACAACCUUGUCAUCUGGCCUUCUGUUGCCCCACAGAGUCUUCAGCUGUGGGAGGGUAUUUUUUUACGCUGGAACAGAUCCUCCAAGUAUUUGGAUGAAGCAUAUGAAGAAAUGGUUAACAUCAUAGAAUACAACAAGCAAUUACAAGCGAAAGUAAACCUCCUUAGGAGGCAGCUGGCAGAACUGGAGACUGAGGAUGGGGUGCAGGAGAGCCCCUGAAUCCUACCCAUUGCAGCCCUCACAGGACCGUGCAGACUGGCAGCCCACCUCUGUCUCCUCUGCCCUCAGCUCGCCGCCACACGUUCAGCCUUGGACGGGUUUCAGGAGUGAGAACCUUCUAAUGUAACGGACUCCUCAGUACUUUAAGAAUGGGACUUACUAUUACUCAUGUGACACAUGGCCUGUUGGGGCUCUUCACUUUGGGAGCAGGAAGGAGGUGCUAGUCAUUUUAUGUGAAACAGGUGACCUAUUUAAUGCCGUUUGUGUUAUACACCAUUUCAUUGUAAGCUUUUCUCUGCAUCUGCUUUGCAAACAGUGCUCCAGACCAGUCAAGGAUAUGACUAAUCUCUUUAGGGAAUAUUUGUUAGUUUAAAAAAGGAUCAGACUUCUUAAGCACUCCAAGUAUAGAAAUAUUUUUCAAAACUGAAAUUGCUGUUAAACCAAGACUUUUUUGUUUAACAUGCUGUUUCCAAUAUCUCUGCCAGAUAAAAUAGCCCUUCUUCUUUUAACACAGUUUUGGACUGACAAGAGCGGAAUUCAUGUCCUCAUUCUGGUUUGUCAAGAAAGCAAAAGCUGAAUAUUUAUUCAAGGUAAAUUAUUUUUACAAGGGCAACAGCUAAAGUCUUCUGAUAUUUACAUUUAGAAGAAGUAAAUUUAUUUUAACCGUAGACACUAAAAAGUAUGUGCAAUUUAGAAAUAAAGGAGAAAUUUGUUACUGAUAAGGUGUCAGUAGUGUCAAAUUGGUUCUUCAGGGUUUUGGUCAUAAAUUUUAAAUGUGUCAAAUGCUGGAUGUAACAUUAAACCAUCAUUUAGAAUAGAUGUUAAUUUGUUGUAAUUAAGCUACAAAUACGGUUACCUUAAACCAGAGAUGCACUGCCCUUGUCUGAAGUUCUUAUUGCACUGGUUUAUGUACAGAAGUGUGUGCUUAAUUGUUUUGUUUUUAAAUAUUCUAAGUUUACCAAUACUAAGGUUAAGAUUUUCUUACUCCCUUGAGCCUUUUGAAAAUUUAUCUUGACUCUGCUAGUUUGUCCAUUAGACAAAUAUAAUUUAAAUAGAAGUUUAUGAACAUGAUGCAGGUAUGUUUUAAACUUCAGAAACCAAUUUGAAAUGUUCUCAGUGUUACAGAAACAGUGAUGACCUUAUGCUGUAGGCUGGUUUUUGCCUGCAACUCUUAACAGUUCGUGAUUAGGUGCUUUCCAUGUACAUUUCUACUUUGUGGCACUGCUCGUUUUAACAAAUACUUUCAAUUGUAGUUUUCCCUUAAAAGGACAGUUGGAGGGUAAUCUUUAAUAUCAUUUUGAUCCCAUCUAUAUAAAACCGUUUCAUUGUAAAAACACACCAAAACUGAACCCAGCUUUAGAGUUACGUAUCGAGUUAAAAUUUUAGCUCUUCAAAAUCAACUCUAAGAAAAUCUAUGGCCACAUUCAGAAGCUAUAUAAAGUAGCAAAUACUUUCUAUCUCCAAAAGAGUUGCCAAGACAUCUUUUUCCCCUGUUUCCUCACUCGGAGCAAAAGGCUAGACUAAUCUAUAGUCAGAGCUUUCUUUUUGGUAAAUUUGUUUUUCUCCUCUAAUUUCAGUUUUACUCCUGGCCUGUUUUCUUGACUAUAGUUAAGAAUAUUGGGGCAUUCAAGUCCUCACCUAAAGAAAGGCUAAUGAGGGAAGGAGCAAAGAUGUACUUUCUUGCUAUAGGUAUUUGUGUGCUGUGUGAAAUGUCUCUCUUAAUUUUUUAAAAAAGGAAACACUAACUUUUUUAAUGAAUCCUCAAAAUUGAAGAAGGAGCCUUUUUCUUACCAACCUGUAAGGAAAACUAGAGAAUUUUUGGUGUUUUUUUUUUUUAAAGAAGCGACUCUCAGUAAUGUUGGUUGGCUGUUGGCCAUAAGGUUUCUGUGGGUGGAAACAUUAGAGGGUUUUUUUACGCUUGGUCAUGGAGAAACUGUAUGCCAGCAUCUCAUACCUGUCUUCCUGACGAACAUUUCACAUGUGAGCCAGAGUAUGGUGAUAACGUAGUGUUUCCAUUUCUUUUCUUUCUCUUACUGAGACAGCAAUCAUAAGCAGUUUGGACAAGUUUGUGUUUUAGUGUUAAUUUAUAAUUAGGGAUUGUCCAAACUAUAGUUCUGUUUACAGGACGUAAAAACAAACUUUUGUAUCAGUGCACUUUCAAAGGGGUCAUCUAAUAAUGUAAAUACUAAGGUUUUCCCAAACUUGAGAAUUCUGACAAAGACAAAUGUUUUAUCAAUGUAAUUUUGAAGAGGGUUUUUAGUAAUACUAUUAAAUUACUCAUCCCUUGGAUGAAAAGAAUAAUUACAGUGGAUAUAUUAAUAAGAUACUUACUGAAGGUUAAGUUUGGAGAACUGUCUUUGAUAAAGGCAGCUUUAAAAACUUUCAUAAUGAA